GUCCAUGCUUAGCGAGCGGAACUCUUCUUUCAGACACAUUGUUUCCCAUCGGAAAAAAAUUCCGUCGCCUCCGUCGGUGCUUUUGUUUGUUGGCACCUAGCUGAAUUUCUGGCAGACUGUCAUAAUGGACGAAGAGCCGGAGAGAGCCAAGCGGUGGGAAGGAGGCUAUGAGAGGACCUGGGAAGUGCUGAAGGAGGAUGAAUCUGGCUCCCUUAAAGCCACCGUGGAGGAAAUCCUUUUCCAGUCCAAAAGGAAAAGAGUGUUAGAAAGCCAUGGACAAGUGAGGCUUGGAAUGAUGCGCCACCUGUUUGUGGUGAUUGACUGUUCAAAAAGUAUGGAAGACCAAGACUUGAAGCCAAACCGCCUCACCUCUACGCUAAAGCUGAUGGAAGCUUUUGUGGAGGAGUAUUUCGACCAAAACCCCAUCAGUCAGGUGGGCCUCAUUAUCACAAAGAACAAAAGGGCGGAGAAGCUGACUGACCUGGCAGGGAACCCGAGGAAGCACAUUACCACUCUGAAGAAAGCAGUGGACUCUGUCUGUGUUGGAGAGCCUUCUCUAUACAACUCUCUCAAAUUGGCCAUACAGACUCUCAAGCACAUGCCUGGACACACCAGCCGGGAGAUCCUGAUCAUCUUCAGCAGCCUCACCACCUGUGACCCAGCCAACAUCUAUGAACUGACCAAGACGCUGAAAGAUCUGAAGAUCCGGGUGUCGGUGAUCGGUCUGUCGGCGGAGGUUCGGGUCUGCACGGUGCUAACCAGGGAGACGGGGGGGUCGUACCAUGUCAUCCUGGAUGAGAGCCACUUUAAAGAGCUGCUGAUGUUCCAUGUGAAACCACCUCCAGCCAGCUCCUCGUCUGAAUGCUCCUUAAUACGUAUGGGUUUUCCCCAGCACACCAUUGCUUCUCUGGCUGACCAGGAUGCCAAGCCUUCAUUCAGCAUGUCUCAUUUGGACAGCAGCAGCGAUCCAGGUCUGUCGCUCGGGGGCUACUUCUGUCCUCAGUGCCAUGCCAAGUACACUGAGCUUCCUGUGGAGUGUAAAAUCUGUGGUUUGACUCUGGUGUCAGCUCCCCAUCUCGCCAGGUCUUUCCACCACCUCUUCCCCCUCCAAGCCUUUCUAGAAAUUCCUGUGGAGGAGCACCAAGGAGACAGGUUCUGUCAAGGUUGUCAAGGAGAGCUGAAAGAUAAAAGUGUGUUCAGCUGUCCGUCAUGCAGCAGUGUGUUCUGUGUGGAGUGCGACCUCUUCAUCCAUGACUCGUUGCACUGCUGCCCCUCCUGCAUUCACAGUCAGUGCGCCCCCUAAGGCUGACAUGAUCGCCUGCUAGGGCUGGGCAGAGACAGCAACCUCCCCAGAGGCCACAGGCUGUCGUCCUGAGGCACCUUGGAGCUCGAGUUAGACUGCUGCCUUGGUUUCCCAAUAUGUCACACUGGUACUUAUCCACCUGGACUGAAAAGCAGUGUGCCUCACCUCACAUAUGAUGCAGUUGGACUGAUGAAGUAUUUAUUGUAGAAAGGAUUGAUUGUGCACUGGCUGACUAUGGGAAGUCAUUAACCUGAACACAUUCUAAUGAGCUGCUGUGAGCAUGAAAAGGGUAAUGGUCAGAUGUAAAAACUAGUGAGCAUUGACUAGCUUCAGUCCCAAAUCCUCCGAGUGACUGCUCACUUGUAUCAUUCCAAAGUGAAAACAGUUUUGUUGUUGUGAAGACAGCAGUGAUGUGGGCUGAUGAGCUGCAUCUGACUCACUACACAGGGUGUUUUUCUGUUGGAAAAUCAUCCAUCAUUUUUAUAUGUCAUAGAAUUAUACAUUUACAUUGUUUUUUAUACAAUUUGUCUUUGUACAAGAAUUUUGAAUUGGAACAAGGCAAUUUCAAUAAAACUGCAAUGCAUCUA